AUUUCAAUGAUAUAGGUCAAAGUGUAUUUUUUAAUGUUGUCUUCUUUUAUAGCAUUCAUAUACUGAGUUUUGGUGACAAUAAGUUAUUUAAUGCAUGAUUAAAGGCACAAAUAAACUUCAGAAUAAUGACAAAUAGUCCAACAACUCCAAAUAACUAAAAUGUUUGGCUGAUGAACUCAUAGCAAAACACUUUUGACUGUUUCCAGAUAUCCCUCCUUCAAAGCUUUUUAGGCAUUCUCGAAGAGUCUGGAUCAGAAUCCAUCCUGAAAUUGAUCAAAAGCUGAAGCUGUGAUGCAGAAGAAUCCUUAAUUUCUCACAAAACACCCAUUAAUUAUGGAUUUUCCCAGUGGCCAACCCAUGCAACUACAUGUCAUAUAGGCUAAUAUGUUGAAUUUGACAGUGAUCACCCUCUAAGAGCAUUUUCAAAUGUUUCAGUUUCUGGUAUAACAAUUAUAGAGAAUGUCUUAAUCACACAUGUGCUGCGGUGCAGUGUGGGGGGUGAGGUGUUGAUGCCUUGUCAGCAUCACUGCAUGUGGUCUUCACAUUAAAUUUGACACAGAUGUCCCUUCAUUUGGAUUUUUUACUUAAUUGGUAAAAGGUCACAUCCCUAAUUAUGCUGUAAAUAUGCACAUAUGGGAUACACGUUGCCAAAUCAGGCAAUGGUAUGAUAUAAAACCGACUAUUUUGGCAUAAAUCUGGCUGUGGGUGCAUUCAAACAGACCAAAAAUGUACAUUUUUAGAGACUGUAAACAAAAUCUAAAAGAUAAAAAAAGACAAAGAAAAAUAUAAAGGCUCAACUAAGGGCGCGCGCGGGCGCGGGCACAAGCGCGCUGUUGUUUAAAUCGAUGCAACACGCUUCAGUGCGCUCCGGGAGGGAGAUAAGUGGAAGAGGAAGAGGAGAGAGACUACAGUGUGAGGAGGGAUUCGAGCCGGGGAGGUAACUCUUGCACCUGCUGUGAGCUGCUGCCGCGCAUCACCCACAUCCUUUUCAUGUCCGGCGGAUCUGAUCAUGGAUGUGUUCUGCAGUCUAACCAUGGAUCAUGCUCUUCUGGCUCGGUCCGCCUGGACCAGUGACUGCAAAUUCGUCCAGCAUCCAUCGGAUCUAUACGCCAGCGUAGUCGUGACGCGCAGCAUCCCCGCAGGCGCGUGCUUUGGUCCAUGCCUGCUCCAAAACACUUUCUACGACACCAUCGCCUUUAUAGCGCAGAAAUCCUCCGACAGAAGAGCCAAAUCAUAUGUUUUCAGGAUUGACCCAGAGGCGAUGUGCAACUCAGCCCUGGUACUGUCGUGGCUGCGGCUCGUACAAGCUGCGCGAAACGAAGAGGAAAAGAACACAGAGGCCUUUCUGAAAGCGGGUCAGCUCUAUGUUCGGACAACCCGGGAAAUCCGGCCGGAGGAAGAGUUGCUGGUGUGGUACGACCAAGAGCUGACCCACCUGCUGGGCUUCACAGACAUGGCAAAAGGUUUAAAUGAAGAGUUCAAAUGUGAAAGAUGUAACGAGACUUUCAAAAACGAGUAUCCUUUUUUGGCUCACUGUCGAUUCCAGUGUAAUCAGAGAAAGGAUGACAGCUGCGUCCGCCUCGUUUAUGAGCACAAACAGUUGGAAACAAAGAAGCAGCACCGAGUGACAGACUUCCACAACAUCGCAAGAGAUUUGGAGCACAAACAGUCAGGCGGCAUUGUGGAGGCGGAAAUUUCCCCCAAGAAGAGGAAAUGUGACGUGACUCUUCAUCCCAAAUGGCGCAAAACAGUUCUGUCGGAAAAAACAAACAUUGCAAAUUAUGACAACAUUUUACAACUUGUAAAGGACUGCGACCUAACCACAGGGGCUGUUUCUUCCUCUGAGGACAAACUGAAAGGUGAAAUGGUUAAAGUGGAUCGUAAAAGUGGAGACUUAGCUGAAGUUGUGGAUGCCAAUGGGAUUUAUACGCAUGACGUAGAGGUGGGUGAAAAGCGGGAGAAGAGGGAAGGCUUUGGUGUGCGCUCCAGCAGCACCAGCGCGUUCUCUCUGGUCCUCUCCAACAACCAUGGCGAACAGAAAAGUGCAUUUUGUAAACCAAGUAAAAGGACUUCUCUCCUGGAGACGCCGGCGUAUCUCAGCGGCGCUCCAACAGCUCACCCCAGCCGCAUAGGGGAUAUGACUGAUGGUUUCCCCUCCAGAAAUGUUUUAGGAUACAACAGCCUGAUGGCCUCCAGCAUCUUGAGCAGCGACGUGCAGACUGCAGCCUCCCCGGUUGGAAUAAGCACGGCUUUCCAUUACGCACCGGAGCAGUGGUGCAGAAACAUUGGGGCUCAGCUGCACACAGCCUCCACCCUCACCAUCCUUCCGCCAACUUUUACCUCAUUCGGCGUUUCGGCGCAGAACUGGUGCGCCAAAUGUAACCUGUCCUUCCGCAUGACCUCCGACCUCGUUUUCCACAUGCGCUCCCAUCACAAAAAGGAGUUCGCCGUGGAGUCUCAGGUCAGGAGGAGGAGGGAGGAGAAACUCACCUGCCCGAUUUGCCACGAGUACUUCCGAGAGCGACACCACCUGUCCAGACACAUGACUUCUCACAACUGAAGGGAGACAAGUCUUUACGCUAUUUAUUUUUGAUAUGAACGCUCAUAUUUAAGCUUGUGGACAUGUAAUAGUGAAUGUAGGUAUUAAACAGCCCACAGCCACUAGGUGAUGCAAGAGGGACGCAGGAGCGGAUCUCACUGCAGUUUGCUGCUGUCGUGCUCCAUUUUUGUGUUAGGCUGAUGGUCAUUUUGUGCCUUAUGAGACGUAAAAAUGAAGAAAAAGAUAUGGAGGACAGAUUUUGAUUGUCUGAAAACAAAUAAACCUUUUCAUCUACUGUUUAUCAAA